UCUCGCUUUGUUUUGAGUAAGGUUUCUCGAUUGCUAUUUCAUUUGGGCUCUUGCGGUGUAAUCUGGAAGGCCAGUUGAUGUGGUUACGCCUCGACUAGGCGGCGGUAAAUGUUGCUGGUAGGGUUUAAUUCCGUGGAUCUUCUGCAGUUCCCCCAAUUGAAGAUACACUGAGAUGCUGCUAUUAGGACUAUAUUCUGUUACCUUAAGAAUUACCAGUUGCCGGCGUGCUUGUUGGGGGUUUUUCUUCCCCUUCCUCUGCAUGCUCCCUGGGGGGUUUUAUUACCCUUAAAUUGUUGCUUGCAUGCUCUUAAAGCAAUGUUUCUUGGUUUAAGGCCGUAGGGUUUUAAUACGAUUGGCAACUGUAGUUUGUCAAUACAAAAAGAAUAAAUGUAAUUAGUCUUAGAUCUCUUGUGAACAUGAUAGAUGUGAAUUCUCUUGUGCAGAAGAGUCAAGCUGAACUUACAUCAGAGGUACUGAAAUCGCCUUAGCAAGAACAUUUUGGUCUUGGUAUCAGGGCAAUGCAUAGGGAAAGCUAUCCAGUCAAUCCUCUCGAGGAAAAAACACUUACAAGUGAAAGUAAUCAAGACAAGCCUGGGCAUACUGAGAUUUUGACAAGGGAAAUAGAUGACCAUGGUGAGAAUAAUGCGAUGAAGGAUGUAACAGAAACUAAUAUGCCUUCCUACAAGGAUCUGACAUCUACUGAAGGGCUUCAGUCUCGAGAAGGCAGUCUAGGUGCAGAUAUAUGCCCCACAGAGUCUAAUCCAUGCUUGUCAGAUUUCCCUGUAGCUGCUAUGGAGACUGAUAAAUAUAAUUAUCAACAAAGUGUUGAGUACAAUAAUCUCCUUAAACAGUAUUAUGAACUCGAGGAGCAGAGGCAAAAGGUUCUCCAACAACUCCAGCAAGCAAAUUAUUGGAAUUACCAAGGUCCAGUUCAAUCUGGCCAACAUCAAGCAGAGCAAGUUCCAACCAAUAAUGUUUCUGAUAGUUGUUCACAACCAAUAUGUUCCUUGUGCUCAUGCCCUUCUUUAGCUCUUCCAUCAAUCACAGCAUCUUCUUGUGCCAUAUGUGGCCCUUCAUUUGGAGGCUAUUAUUGCUGGCCACAAAGCUGCUCUAUGUCACUUCCUCAUCAAUUUUCAGGUGGUCAAGGUCACAUUCAAAGUGGUAUAUGUUCUGUUGGCGCAUCAUGCACAGGAGAUCCUUCAAAGAAGGCCACUCAUAUGGAUGACCAAGCUGUCGGAAUAACAGAAAAGGAGAAGGGAAAGGAAGAAGAAAUUUCAGAUUGUGGUACCAACCAGGAAACUGAUCUUGCUGUUGUCCUAAGUGCAUGGUAUUCUGCAGGAUUCCACACUGGCAGGUACCUUUCUGAGCAAUCCAGGAGAAAAGCUCCUCAAUAGAAAUCUUCGGCUUCCAUGAUGUCUUGGGUGGGCGAUAACAGGUGCAUGUUCUGUUCGGUGCUGGAAACUAUUAAUAUCAUGAUUCCACAUUCAAGAGAAGUUCGCUACAUCUCGUUUUACUUGCCUAGAAUUUUGCUCGACUGUCAUGCAUAACUGUUCUGUUAAGUUUCAGUUUCCGCUUGAGGUAUGUAUGGGAUUAAUGUUCGUUGCUUCGGCAGAAUUCAUGUAAAUUCUUGAUGUCUUUAGUGGAUAUGUGGAGUGUUUUUUAUCA